GCGAGUCGGGCGACCCAGCUUUGUGGCUGUUCAGUGUUUGCAUUACGUCAGACAUGUGUGACCUGGCAUGCCUUUUGCGCGUUGAGCUUUCCGAGGCUUGGUGGAGGCCACGAUGUCGCUCGGAAAGGCCGUCAAGCAUGCUCCAAACACAUGCCUUCGAACGAUCAGCGGCCACAGUUUCAGUCGCGUGAUCGAUAUGCCUGUACUCGCUUCACUGAUGGGCCUUGAUAAAUGCAACCUCUCCGUGCCACACUCGUGCUUGUGAUUCAGACUAAUUGUUCAGCUUGUUCAGACGUCGGCCUCGUGGAGUUAGUUUUUUAAGUAGAGCUCUAGAGUUUCAGAUACCCCGCUUGCUCCCGCGCACAUUCGAGAUCGCACUAGCGACGAUAUCUCAAACUUUACAUGGCCCUCCAUCCCCUUUGCAUGGACCCAUCAGCAACUCCGCGACGUUAUCUUCGUAGGGAAUGGAAACAAAAUAAGCCCCACUUGCAUGCAUCCGAUUCGCUACCUUCAUUGCACCUCUGUCCGAAUCGGCCUCUCUUUGUCUGUGCACGAUGUGGCUUUUCCAAUACGCUCAUCCCUAUGUGUCUCUGGUGUACAUGGAAGUUCGAGGAGAAGUUGCCGAGACCGCGAAGAAUAACCGCACCAUCUAAGACUACUUCUCAAUUGAGAGGCACAAGUGAGCGAACGAGAGUCAAGUGCAUACCAAAGAGGAUCUCGGCUGAUUCCACAAUAUCGAGCGCUGGUCCUGUGACUCCUCAAGGUGACCUCAUGUUCUGCAUGGAAAGCCUUCAGGUGCCUGGAAUUACGGCAGUGUUGGACUCGUGUGACAGCGAGCUCCCUUGUUCACGCAAGCCCGAUGUUGCACGGAUAGCUGUGGGUGAUAUUUCCAAUGACGAAGUCGAUUCCCAAGGAGAUGGCGGCGGCAUACUACACGACGUCACCACAGCAACACCGAUUUUGUCAUUGUGCCCUUCGACGGCUCCCACCAGCGCGAAGCAGGAGCUUCUGGAUGGACCAUACAAACACGAAACCGUGAAGAAACAGUCGAUACGACACCGUCGAAAACUACCCGCUCUUUUUCUUGCAACAUCAUCGUCCGCGCACGCACACGACACCCUUCACGACCUGUCACGCAAAUCACUCAUGAUACAAGAAACGACUUCACGCUCGAACACUAGUUCCGUUUUGAUCGAUGCACCUCACGCCGCUGGCGGCGACGUACGCCCUGAUGGUGUCUCUCAUGCUCGCGCUCUUUCCUUAGUAUCCGUCGUAUCACUUUCAGAAUCCUCACAAUGUUGCCCGAAACUACGGAGGAAGAAAGGCAUACCAUCACUCAAGCGCAUGUCAUCACUCUCAUGUCGGUCAAGAUCACAACAGUCUUCCCCCGCCAUUGAUGAUCGUACUGAAUCACCUGCGCCACAUACAGUGCAUGUGGCACCAACAUCCUCUCCUGCGCCUUCGACUCCUGUCAGCGCAGAACCUCCUGUCCGAAUCGGCCACCCUAGCCGGCCGUACUAUACUGUCAUUCGGAAAAACAUGUCUCGACCCAGUACCGCUGGGCAUCCUAGCUCCCUCGCACGCACGCCCUCCCCCAUUCCAUCUGAUUACGAUUAUGCACCACGCGCCACGAGAUCUCUUGACUGUGGGGAGCGUGUAUCAAUGCAGUUCGGCCGAGAUUCACGGCCCAUGUCGAUGGUUCUCCCUGGACAAGUGGUACCUGUGAACCUGUACUCUGGGUUCUCAUUAAGCGGCGAGACGGAGAUGCGGAUGAACUUGGCGAGAUGGCGAAAGGAAGAUGGUCCUGAUGAGCCAGGGGACUACUUGUUCAAGGAGACAGGUCACCGCGGGAAAGGGAUAAAGGGCAGGGUGAGGAAGCUCGGCAAGGGCUUGCGAGAUCUAGUACUCGGCAGAUCGUGAUGUGUGUACGAACAGCUGUAAGAACAAAUCAUGUCACGAUAUAUGUACCCAUCCUGCAUACCCAUCACCCGGCUUGUCUCACUUGCGUCCAGCUUGUUGAACUUAGAUAGAGAGACCUGUCAAAGAGCACAGCAGCUACGUAUUGAC